UCCCCACACCACCCGAAACACUCGCCUCCAUCGACCAUGCCGCCGCCGCCGACGACGAUGACAUCGGCGACGGCACCGUCUCUGCCGUACGAGCUCCUCGAGGAGGUCUUCCUCCGCCUCCCGCCGGAGGAGCCCGCGCUCCUCGCGCGCGCCUCCUUCGCCAGCAAGUUCUGGCUCGGCCUCCUCUCCGGCCCUCGCUUCCGCCGUCGCUACGGCGAGUUCCAUGGAGCGCCCCCCGUGCUGGGGUUCCUUUGUUGCCGGCCUUGUUCCAUCUUCCCGGACGAGCAGGAGGAACCCGUGGCAAGCUUCGUCUCCACCACGAAAUUCGCCGAGCGCGCUCCCGACGACGACGACCGUGGGUACACUCCGUGGGACUGCCGCCAUGGCCGCGUUCUCCUGGGGAAUCGUUAUAAACAUGAUAUGGGGCUCAUCGUUUGGAACCCAAUUACUGGCCGCCGGACGAAGCUGAAAUCGCCCGCACGCCAUUGGGUGGCCGCGGUGCUCUGCGCUGUGAGCGGCUGUGACCACCGCGCUUGCCAUGAGGGCCCCUUCCGGGUGGUCUUCGUCGGCCUGGACAGGAGCGAUCAUGAUGACGAUGAUCAUGAUGACGAUGAUUGUGUCGCCGGAGACGGCCGAGUGGAGCGAGCAGUGCCCUGGUCUUCAUCUUACGGCUGAUCCAUUCAUCGUCAACCAAUUGCCCCCUGUCCUCGUCGGAAACGCAUUUCAUUUCAUGCUUGUGCACGAUGAUCUUCGUGUAGGAAUUCUCAAGUACGACUUGGGUUCCAACUGCUUAUCGCUGAUUGACGGGCCACCACCGGAGGGGUUUACCAUUUGCCCUACUGCUGUCCUCAUGGCGAUGGCAGAUGGCAGUUUGGGGUUUGCACAUGUGGACAGCUUAACCCUCUGCCUGUGGUCAAGGCAUACGGGUUCCGAUGGAGCUGCGUCAUGGGCUGAGCGUGCAAUCAUCGAUCUCAAAAACCAUCUCCCCAUUCAAAAUCCCGGGAUAAGACUUAGACCGACUGGAUCUGUGGAGGGCAGUGAUAUCAUUUUCGUGACCACAGACCUUGGCAUCUACGAGAUUAAUCUCAAGUCACUACAGUGGAAGAAGCUAUGGAAGAGAGAGAACGUCCGGUACUUCUUUGCUUUGAUUCCGUACAUGAGUUUCUACACUCCACAAGGUUUGCAGAAUGAUGGCGAUAGGAAGAAACUGCCGGAGGGAACAUCUGCGCUUCAACAGACAGCGGUGCGAGCUCAUGAUGCAGUGGGCGCGGCACCGGCUGGUGGUCUGCCAAGAAUCACUGAGGCUGGGGAAGAAGAUCUUGAAAUAUGAAUCGGACGAAAACUGAAGUGUUUGAAGCCUCUGCAGCUGCUGAUGUGCCGCGGUUGGUCGUCCUAGGACAAGAUGGUUAAGAUGCUGAUCUUGCCUUUGGUCCAGUCUGGUUUCGAUUUCAGAAGUUGGUGAUCCUUUUGUUUUCAGUAA